AUGGAGCGACCAUACCUCUUUGCCGUGGUUUCUCUGGAAGGUUUGAAGAUUUGUUUUUCCUUCCUGAAUAGCACAAACAAUCAUAAAAAGAUGGAAGAAGAACUAGCGGCUGCUGGGAAAAGGCUUCUUCAGCCUCCAGAAUCUGUUGAUGAACUCCUGUCUUUGCUUGAUCAAACUGAGGAUAAUCUCUCAAAAGUGGAGCAGUCACCUGGUAAAUCCAUGCAAGCUGCUCUUUCUCCAUUACUGAAGGCAUUGGUUGCAGAUGAGCUUUUGAAGCAUUCAGAUAUUGAUGUCAAAGUUGCAGUAGCUUCUUGCAUAAAUGAAAUAACUAGAAUUACUGCACCAGAUGCUCCAUAUGAUGAUGACAGAAUGAAGGAUAUCUUCCAAUUGAUUGUAUCAUCCUUUGAACAUUUAUAUGACAAAUCCAGCAGAUCGUAUGCUAAGAGGGCCAUGAUACUGGAAACUGUGUCCAAAGUGAGGUCCUGCGUCAUCAUGUUGGACCUAGAAUGUGAUCAAAUGAUCAUUGAGAUGUUCCAACAUUUCCUUAAAGCCAUAAGGGAUUAUCAUCCGGAAAAUAUCUUCUCUUCCAUGGAGACAAUUAUGACUCUUGUAUUUGAAGAAAGUGAAGAUAUCUCUCCAGAACUGCUUACCAUCCUUUUGGCCAGCGUGAAAAGGAACAGCGAGGAACUUCUGCCAGUUGCAAUAAAAUUGGGGGAGAGAGUAUUUGAGAAGUGUGGGGCCAAGCUUAAGCCUUACCUCACACGAAUUGUAAAAUCUUUGGCGAUUUCUUUGGAUGAUUAUAGUGAGGUUGUCGCUUCUAUCUGCAAAGAGGCUGAUGGUCCUGUUGGUCAUAGCAGCGACAGUACCCAUGGCGACCAGUUGGUUAUUGAGAAGAAGUCUGCUAGUGACCCUUCAGAUCAGGUUUUGGCAACCCAGGUUACUGAGAGGAAUUCUGCUACAACAAUACCUGUUACUGAGAGGAGUUCUGCUGGUGACUCUCCAGAUCUGGCUGUGGCAACUCAGGUGGCUAAAGAUGUUACAGAAGAGACAAGUUCCAAAGAACAAAAUCCCAAUGUGAAGAGUUCACACAAGGCAAUUGUGAGUAAUGGUGUUAGCGAGCUUGGAAAUGGAGGAAUUCUGACCAGUGCAGAUUUUAAGAAGGAAGAAGCCCUUGAUGAUAGAUUGACAUCCAAGACCGAAUCUGAUGAUUUGGCUGCUGGAAAACCAAUUAGUUCAGAGCCUAAGCCUGAGCAAGCUUCUAAGGAAAGAGGAAGAGAACCUAACUGUUCAAAUAAUUUAAUAGAAACUUCUGAUAUUGUUGAUGGUGAAAAAGAAACGAAGCAAGUGCUGGAUCAGCGAGACAGUGAGGACAAGGAUUUCCAUGCUCCCCCUGGUGGGGCAUCUCUUGAGACAGCAAAGUCUUUGGAUAAAGUAAAAGAGAUGGAGAAUGACCUGCCUCCAUCAAAUGCAUCUGAGAGAGAGGCUCUAAGUGUUGCGUCUCCAUCUCCAACUGCCAAACUUCUUGACAAGAGUCGCCCUAAGAAGGGUGGUCGGAAAAAACAGAAAGAAAACUUGAUUAAAGAAAAGAGAGUGUCUGAUGAUGAUGCUUCUGACAAGGCAUUUGAUGGGGCAAGUGACUCAGAAGCAAAGAAGAGGAGGCGCUUAGGAAGAAAAGAACCUGCUGAGAUUUCUAAUGAGAAUCAAGUGUUGUCUGAGGAAGAUGCAUGCAAAGAUGGUGGCCCCACAAGUCAUUUAGAGGAAAAAUUGCCAAAUGAGACAGAUAAACCAGUGGGUUCCAAUAAUAGAAAGGAGGAUGGAUCCUCAUCAAAGAAGGAAUAUGACAUCAAGCGUAAGCGUGGGCAUGGACGUGGACGUGUAAAAGCUGGAGUAGAGAAAGAUGUGCAGAAAUCUUCUGCAAAAGAUGAUGCCAGGCACAUGGUUGCUUCCCCGAGGUCUCCUAGAAAAUCAACUAAAGACGAAGGCAACCAGGAAGAAACCCCAAGGAUGAGUAGCAAGAGGAAGGGUACUCCAAGCACUGACAAAGCAUCUGGGACUACAGAGUAUGGUGAGAAUUUGGUUGGUUCAAAAGUGAAAAUUUGGUGGCCAAAAGAUCGCAUGUUUUAUGAAGGCGUUGUUGAUUCUUUUGAUUCUGUCAGAAAGAAGCACAAGAUAUUGUACCAAGAUGGAGAUGAAGAAAUAUUAUAUCUUAAAAAUGAGAAGUGGGAAUUUGUUGAAGAUGGUUCCGUGGUGGAUGCAGGGCAACCAGUUGAACGUGCAAGUGCUGAUACUCCCUCUGAAAUGAAAACAAAGAAAGCUAAAACAAAUCCUGAAGCAUCAAGUAAUGAUGGAAAGGCGAAGAUUUCUCAUAAAAGUAAACUGAAAAACACCUCAACAACUUCUGGCCGUAAAUCUAAGCAUGAUGCCAAAGCUGACCUCAAGUCUGAUGAUGACAUCUCAAGUUCUGGGGGUAAAUCUUUUUAUGAUUCGCCAAAAGCAUCAGGCAGAUCUAAAGAUGUUGAUACAGUGAAGACUUCUGGUCAUUCUAAGCAAGACACACAAAAGACUUCCAAGGCUAAGGACAAAAGUCCGCGAAGUUCCCAUACAGUUGGUGCUAAUGGUAAAGGCAAGACAAAGUCCAGUCUGUCGAAGUUCUUGAAAGAAAGUGAUCAUGUAAAGGAGAAAACAACCAAUACUGGGAAAAUGGCAGAAAUCAAGAAGGGAAAAUCGCAAGAUACAUCCACACCCCCAGUAAGCGAGACAAAGACUACUGGGAAGAAGCGUCGAAGAGGAGUUGCAACUUGA